GGCAAGUGUCGGGGCUGCGGCUGCGCCUCCCGGGCGAGGAGCCGGGCGGCAGCGGGGCGGCGGCGGGCCGUGUGGGCGCCGGUAUGUCGCUCUCGCUGAAGAUGCUGCCCUGUAAGAAAAGGAGAGCGGCGGUGGCGGGGCCGGGGUCGCAGAGCCCGCGGGAGCGCGGCGGCGGGGCCGCCGGGGAGGAAGGGGAACGAUCCGGCGCUGGCAGUUCCUCUUCGCCGGGCGCUGCUGAUGGCGUCGGCUCCUCCGCCAAGACCGUGCCGGCAGCCCGAGCCGGCGGACCGCUUUCGGCUGGCCCCGGAGUGUCGAGGGGCCCUGUGGAAGCGUCGGUAAAAAGCGGGAAACGGCCCCCCGGUAGGGUGGCUCCGGGCUGCAGUCAAGAGCCGCCGGCCGCGACGGAUGUCUGCGCUGCCGCUCAGCUCCCCGAGGGCCUCGGCAGUCCCGAGGCGGUGGCGGAAGAGGAGCAAGAUGAAGAGGACAUUGAGAGGAGGAAGAGGAGGAGGAAGGCAACCAAAAGGAAGAGAGAAGGGAAAAGCCCCGAGGAGGAGGAGGGGCCUUUGUCCUGUGACAUCAAGCUGGAUGAUACCCUGGAUCGGACCCUGGAGGAUGGAGCUAAGCAGCACAACCUGACAGUCGUCAACGUGAGAAACAUUCUGCAUGAGGUGAUCACAAACGAGCAUGUGGUUGCCAUGAUGAAGGCAGCCAUCAGUGAGACUGAAGAUAUCCCUUUGUUUGAGCCCAAAAUGACUCGUUCCAAACUGAAAGAAGUCGUGGAGAAAGGAGUGGUUAUUCCAACGUGGAAUAUUUCUCCCAUUAAGAAGGCAAAUGAGGUGAAGCCUCCUCAGUUUGUGGACAUUCCUCUUGAGGAAGAUGAUUCAUCUGAUGAAGAAUACCAGCCUGAUGACGAGGAUGAGGAUGAGACUGCAGAAGAGAGCUUGCUGGAGAGCGAUGUGGAGAGCACUGCCUCCUCCCCGCGGGGAGCCAAACGCUCCAGGACGAGGAGGUCAUCUGAUGAAGAAGGAGGGACACCCUGUGAGGUGGAGAAGGUUCCUACACCUGUUGUUAGACAUAUCAGUGCUGAAGUAGUUCCCAUGGGACCACCACCACCACCUAAACCAAAGCAAAGCAAAGACAGCACCUUCAUGGAGAAGCUGCAUGCAGUGGAUGAAGAGCUGGCUUCAAGCCCAGUGUGCAUGGAUGCCUACCAGCCUCUGGAGGACAGCCUCAUUGCCUUCCGCACCCGCUCGAAGAGACCCCUGAAGGAUGUGCCCCUGGGGCAGCUGGAGGCUGAGCUGCGAGCCCCUGACAUCACCCCUGACAUGUAUGACCCCAACACUGCAGAUGAUGAGGAGUGGAAGAGGUGGCUGGGAGGCCUGAUGAAUGAUGAUGUGGAGAAUGAAGAUGAAGCAGAUGAUGAUGAUGAUCCUGAAUACAACUUCCUGGAGGAUCUGGAUGAACCAGACACAGAAGACUUCAGGAAUGAUCGUGCUGUGAGGAUCACCAAAAAGGAAGUGAAUGAACUGAUGGAGGAGCUGUUUGAGACAUUUCAGGAUGAAAUGGGUUUCUCCAACAUGGAAGAUGAAGGUCCAGAAGAUGAAGAUACUGUUCCAGAGUCGAGACCCAAUUUUAAUACACCUCAGGCACUCAGAUUUGAAGAGCCUCUGGCCAAUUUACUCAAUGAGCAGCACAGGACUGUGAAAGAGCAGCUGGAGCAGCUGAAAAUCAAAAAGUCUUCAAUCAAGACCCCACAAGAGACAGAAAAAUCCAAACCUCCAAACGAGAAACCUCUGCAGAGCCUUGUCCUGGACAGCAUCCAGAGAAAGAGGCUCCAGCAGCAGAUGCAGCAGCAUGUUCAGCUUCUGACUCAAGUCCAUCUCCUGGCAAGUUCCAACCCUGCUCUCAGCUCAGAGGCCAGUACCACCAGGAUGUUCUUGAGCGAGCUGGGGAACUUCGCGCGCAGCUCCACGCUCCUGCGCCAGCCCUUCAGCCCCAAGUUCCAGACCAUGUUCCAGCCCUGCAACCUGAAGGAAGCUCUGCAGCUCAUUGAGGACUUCCAUGCCCAGGUCCAGGUGGAUUGGAGCCCUCGCAAGGCUGUGAAGAAGAGUGCCAACGAAUUUCCCUGUUUGCCUAAGCAAGUGGCCUGGAUUUUGGCAACAAGAAGAGUCUUCAUGUACCCAGAGUUGCUGCCUGUCUGCUCCUUGAAAGCCAAUCCUCCCCGGGACAAAAUCAUCUUCACCAAGGCAGAGGACAACCUUCUAGCUUUAGGUUUGAAGCAUUUUGAAGGGACAGAGUUCCCCAAGCCUCUGAUCAGCAAGUACCUGCUGCCAACCAAAACUGCUCACCAGCUGACAGUGCGCAUCAAGAACCUCAACAUGAACAGAGCCCCUGACAACAUCAUCAGAUACUACAAGAAGACAAAGCAGUUGCCCAUCCUGUCCCAGUGCUGUGAGGAAAUUCAGCCCAACGAGUGGAAGCCACCCGUGGAGAGAGAGGAGCAUCGCCUGCCCUUCUGGCUGAAGGCAAGCCUGCCCUCCAUCCAAGGGGAGUUGAAGCAGUUAGCAGAAGAGGCCAGGGAGAUGCCAAGCUCACCUGAUGCAGAAUCUGUCUUUUUGGGGACAGGGAAGGACACUCCAGAGACAGACUGUGACAAGAAGUACCCUCUGCUGGUGCCCAAGGGGCUGGUGCUGACCCUCAAGCCCCUUGCCAACCGCUUCUCUAGGAAAGCAUGGAGGAGGCAGAGGUCUUCAGCUCUGAAGCCUCUCCUCAUUCGACCAAGUCCUUGUCUGCAGCCCAGUUCCAACACUAUCAGCAUCCAGAAGGCUGUGAAGCUGGCCCAGGCAGAAGCUCCUCCCAGCAAAGUCAUGGUGCAGAUCCCUCGGCUCAUCCAGCCAGCUCCAGUGGUGCAAACCCUGCCGGGAGUGCAGCCUCUGAGUGUUCCAGCAGUGGUGGGAAGUGGAGAUGGGCUGGAGUUUCAGAAUGUGCUCUCCACUUCCCAUUCAGACUCCAGACAAACCUUCCCAGCUGCUGUCCCAGCAGCUCUGGUGUCCUCCAGCCCAGUCCCCCUGCAGCCCAAGCUGCUGAUGCCAGCCCUGUCCGGAGCCAGAGCGCGCAAAGCCUGCGUGCGGAAGGGAUACCAGAGGAGAAGAGGCACAAAGUCUGCCCCACCUGUGAAGGCCUCCCCCUUGAUCCAGCCCUCUCCUGUCAUCCUCACUGUGCCUGCCACCACGGUGAAGGUGGUUAACAUAGGCAAUGGUUGCAAUGUGAUUCAGCCCCUGGGAGCAGCAGUCGGUCGAGGCCCUCAGGCUAUUCCAGUUACAACCCUGCUGGUCAACCCCUCCACCUUCCCCUGCCCUCUCAAUCCACCCCUGGUCACGUCCUCAAUUCCUUCCCUGAUAGUCUCCCCUAACCCUGUAGGUCUCUCUGCAUCAUCUGUUGGUGAAAACGAAGAGCAGCUGACUCUGGUUCCUUCCUGCCCUGCUGGGAACAGCAAAAGCAGCUACCCCACGGCAGAGCCCAAGGCCAAAGCCCCAGAGCUGUAUGUGUCCUGCUCUGCUGUGUCCCCCAAGGAGGAGAGUGGUGCAAAUCCUGCCCCUGCAAGCAGUGGCAGCCAGGAGAAGGGCAGUAAGGGUGACUGCUGCAGCUGGGCAGUGGUAGAGGGAGAAGAGAACCCUCCAGAGCCCCUGGCAGUGGACCUGUUGCCUCAUUUAGAAGAUCCAGAGGAGGAAGUGAAAGUUGAGCCUGAAGAUUCCAAUGAUGCUGGCAAGGAGGUAAAUGCAGGACAGAAGAGAGACCUUUUGUGUGCUGAAGUGAAGGAGGAAUUCAUGCUGGAUCUUGGUCAGGAGCUGAACAUGGAGGCUGCCUGCUCGUGCUCAGGGGAUCUGAAGGAGAUGAAGAAGGAGCAGCAGCAGAGUCUGUGCGAGGAGAAGGGAGCAGAGGAGCAGGGAACCUCACGGCCGUCUCCCCACGGGGAGCAGCAGAUGGCUGCAGAGGUGGCUGCUGGGCCCCAAGCAAGCAGUGAGUCUCCAAAGAACCUUUCUUGUGCAGCAGAUCUUGAGGCAGAAUUUAGUAGCCCAGUGGGCAGACCUGAGGAUUCAUCCAGCAUAGAUGGCAAAUCCGUGGGGACCCCAGCGGGGCCUGAAGCUGGGGGAGAGAAGGAAGGGCAAGAGGAAGAGGAAGAAGAUGACUUUGAUGAUUUCACACAAGAUGAGGAUGAAGAAAUGUCAUCAGCCUCAGAGGAGUCCAUUCUGUCAGUGCCAGAGCUUCAGGAGACAAUGGAGAAACUCACCUGGCUUGCCACAGAGAGACGUCUGAGCCAGGAGGGAGAUUCUGAGGAGGAGAAUUCCCAGGAAGAAAACUCUGAGCCUGAGGAAGAGGAGGAGGAGGAAGGGGAAGGGAUAGAGAGUUUGCAGAAAGAUGAUGAAACCUGUGGAGAUGUAUCAGAGGAGCCCAAAUCUGCCUUCACCCUGGCAAAAACAGCCCCACAGGUGGAAGCCCACAGAGUGCCAGCAGGAGAGAACUUGAAAGCCCCUGGGAAGAGCAGGAGGUCUCACAGGACCAGGAACAAGAGGGGCAGGGCUCGUGCUAGCAAAGACACAUCCAAGCUGCUGCUCUUGUAUGAUGAAGACAUCCUGGAGAGAGAUCCCCUGAGGGAGCAGAAGGAUCUGGCAUUUGCACAAGCCUACCUGAGCAGGGUGCGUGAAGCCUUGCAGCACAUCCCUGGCAAGUAUGAGGACUUCCUGCGAGUCAUCUACGAGUUCGAGGUCAGCACGGACAGGAGGACAGCUGUGGACCUCUACUCCACCCUGCAGAACCUGCUGCACGACUGGCCCCAGCUGCUCACGGAUUUUGCUGCCUUCCUGUUGCCAGAGCAAGCUUUGGAGUGUGGAUUGUUCGAGGAGCAGCAGGCGUUCGACAAGAGCCGCAAGUUCCUGCGGCAGCUGGAGAUCUGCUUCGCUGAGAAUCCUGCUCACCACCAGAAGAUCAUCAAAGUCCUGCAGAGCUGUGCAGACUGCCUGCCCCAGGAGAUUGCAGAGCUGAAGACCCAAAUGUGGCAGCUGCUGAAGGGCCAUGACCAUCUGCAGGAUGAGUUCUCCAUCUUCUUUGAUCACUUAAGGCCCUCAGCCAGCCGCAUGGGAGACUUCGAGGAGAUCAACUGGACAGAAGAGAAGGAAUAUGAGUUUGAUGGGUUUGAAGAGGUCUCUCUGCCAGAUGUGGAAGAGGAGGAAGAACCUCCCAAGAUGCCUGCAGCCUCCAGGACCAAGAAGCGGAAAGAGCUGGGAGGGCACAACAAUGACAAGGAGGUCGAGUGGGGGGAUGGGAUGAAGGAAUGUUCCUGCUCCUGCCACGAAGGGAGCAGCGACCUCAAGCUGAAGAAAAGUAAAAGGAGGAGCUGCAGCCACUGCAGCAGCAAGGUGUGUGAAAACAAAUUUUACAAGAGCAAAGAUUCUCCAGAGCUGGCUGCAGGCCUCAUGCAGCAGGAAUCCAGUCCUCAUCCUGAAGGGAAGGAUUCUGGAAUCUGUAAGGGACUUGCAGAAGAAAGCCUGGAGAACAGAGAGGAGGGAGAGGAUGUGCAAAGCAGGACAAAAAGCAGCUCCAGGAGGGUAGAGUCCCUGGCUGCAGGCUCUCACCUGGAAGCAAGGAUUGUCUCCAGACCUGCACCUCCUGAAACAACUUCAUUGCCUGCUGGCCCAGGUCAAGAAGCAGGUGCAGGAGCUGUUGUGAACCCUGAAAAGGACACUGACCCUUCUGCCACUGGCCCCAGAUGGACACAGCUCCACAAAGCUACUCUAAAACUACCUCAAGAAACCAAAGACUUCCCUUGCACUGUGGGAGCUGAGAGUGAGGGAUUGAACCAGCAGCAGCAGAGGAGUGCAGCUGCUCCCCUUGGGCUGAGCAGGGACCUGCUGUUGGCUUCUCGUUCUGCUGCAGCAAAAGGUUUACCAGGACCCAGUUCCUCUUCUGGAAGGAGUUUGUUGUGUCAGCCUGAAGGGCUUCAUUCUGAUUCCUCAGAGAAGCUUCCUGUCCUCAGUCAUGCUUCCAAAUUGGGUGUGAAAGACUUUGAGGGACCUUUGCCUCUGGAAGGAAAACCUGCAGCAAAGCAGGGUUGGGUAACCCUGGGCAGAAAAGCAGCACAGGGUAAGAGCUGCAGCCCACAGGCCCCUGCCAGCUGCCUUUUGGACACAGAUGCUGCAGGCUGCACUGGAACUUCUCCAGAGGACAGAUUAAAGUCAGAUGCAAACAACUGCUUCCAGGUGCAGCAGCAUCCUGAGCAGCUGGGGCACAGAGGGGUCACUGCCUCCCUGGGCCCCAAGGAAGAGGAGCAGCAGCAGCAGCGAGUCACAGAAGCCACAGUGUGUGCUAAGAACAGCAAAGUCAGCUCCACUGGGGAGAAGGUUGUGCUCUGGACCAGGGAGGCUGACAGAGUCAUCCUCACAACCUGUCAGGAGAAAGGAGCCCAUCUGGAAACCUUCCAGGCCAUCUCCCAGAAACUGGGCAACAAGACUGCCAGUGAGGUAUCCCACAGGUUCAGAGAACUGAUGAGGCUGUUUCAUACAUCCUGUGAUGGGAGCUCUGAAGAUGAGGAGGAUGCAACUAGUACCAGUAACACAGACCAGCUGUCAGAUAAAGAUCUUCUGCUCUCCGAGGAGGAACCUGAUGACUGAGGGAGGGCUGAGCCAAGCUGUUGCCUGCCUCGGGAGAGCUGUUUGCUGCUAGCCAGGUGCUGUUUGCACAGGUCCUUAGGAUGGCA